AAACUCUUUCCCCAGCUCAGGUUGCAGUAAAAAGGGAAAAAAUCCUUUUAUUUCAUAUCUCAUUUACGUCCUGAACCAUGUCUAUUGUCAAAAUUUACUAUCACAACGAGAACAUCUACAACGUUGAGAAAAAACCUCCGGAACGGCCACCGAAACCACCGCUGUACCACUCUCGCUUCGAGCAUCAAGUGCGUCGGGAAACCAAGUCCAGCAAAGACGCUCACCGCACGAUGGGUUACGCGAAAAUUCCCCAGCAGAAACCGGACGAAUUUCUCAAAAAGAACUGCGGUGUCCGCUUUCGGGCUACCAAGUCGGCCCCGGUGAGAAUGUGUACCGGCCAUAAGCCACCGGUGCCGAAAAAGAACGAACUGGCACAAAGCAAUCAGCAGGUGAUGAAAUGUGUCGAUUUCAAGGUCGAAAACAUUAAGAAAGUUGUCGCUACAAGUCCGAAAAAGAUACGACCACGGUACGCAGACACGCGGAAGGGUGAUUUCCACGAUCUGGAAAAGUCCGGUCUGAUGCCAGUGUACAGAUGUCAACCAAAGUACGGCAAAGUUCCGGAGUACCUUCAGCGUCGGAAGAAAGACCUGGAAGCUCAAAAACAGUGUAUGGCUGCAACAAUAAAUAACAAAGUUCCGAGCUGCGUUGCGGUAUCCCAGGAAGAACGGUUGGAGCUACUGAAGGGUUUGAAAGCAAAUUGGGAAAAUCUUCAGCGAGAGUAUCAAAGUCUCCCAUUACUGAUCGAUACGGUGCCGAAGAUGAUACGCAAGGCUAAGCUAGAGAAAAGUAUGAAAGAAUUGGAAAAGGAUAUACUAAAAGUGGAGAGCACGCCGUACAUUUACGUAUAUGAUGAUGAAAAGCAACCGCAACAAAACAGUGAAAAAUAGUUCUUUAUAUAUUUUGAAAUGGAUCUAAGGACGACUAUUUGUCUUACACAUUUUGAUCAAAUGUAGUGUGACCACGUGCUUUCAAUUAGGAGUGAUAUGUGAAUCGUGCAAUAAA